CCUUCAUCACAAAGCUGCGGCAGCUCGGGAAGAUGCGGGUUGGCAGGGAAGGCGGAUGAGUGACUUUAGGAACAAGGAUAUAUUGCGGUACUUUUGGAAGAGUUUGGGAAAUAAGUUUAUCCAAACUUUGACUUGGUUGUGUGGUCGGUGAGCGACAGGCAUUCGCACGUGAAACCACCUAAAACGGACUGGGACUGGCGAGAACUGGAAACUUUUUCUCAAAUGAACUUUUUAGAUCUUCCUGCUUACUUUGUGGCGCCUCAUUGACUUCAAGUCCCCAACUGUGAUAUGAUAUGAAACCAUCUUGGAAUAACCUUGUUUUGACGCAGCGUGAUAGAACCACAGAAGCCCAUAUGAAGUCUAACUUUUUUAAGAUUCAUUCUUCCUGGAAAUGGCAAGUCGUGCCAUAUUGAUGGAGCGGACAGCGGUGUUGAUAUGCAGUGUAUUGAUCCUAAUCAUCGGCUUCUGUGUCGGAUCUCCUAACCACAGCCGCCGGCUGGUCUGCUGGAAAGCCAUCCUGAAGUGCCACGGAGAGCCGGAGUGCCAUUACGCUUACGACCAGUAUGUUUAUGCUUGCGCGUCUGUCAUCAGUGGGGACCGCAAGAAGUGUCCCAGUCACUGCAUCUCCUCUCUCAUUCAGCUCAAUCUAACCCAAAGCGGCCCGGCUCUGGAGGACUGCGACUGCGCCCUGGACCCGGUCUGCAGGAACACCAAACAAGCCAUCGAGCCGUGCCUGCCGCGGACCAGCACCAUGGGCUGCACCGAGGCCCGGCGGCAGUGUGAGAUGGACCAGACGUGUAGCUCCGCUAUGAGGGAUUAUUUAUUUCACUGCCGGAAACUUUUCGGUGGGGAAAGGUGCUCGGACGAUUGCCGCAGAGUGAUCGCCAACAUGCGCUCCAUACCGAAAGCGCAACAGUUAGACACUUGUGUGUGUGAUGGCACGGACAGGAACAUAUGCGAGUAUAUCAAAUUCAGCAUGAAAACUUUCUGCUCCGAUGAUAGGUUCGCGGGCAGCGGCUUUUCAGACGCCGAGGAUGAUUCUGAUGACGAUUAUAUCGACCAGGAUGAUUAUCAAUAUGUGGAAAAAUCAAAAAGUGACUCCCCACCUGCUCAGACUUUGCUAAAUGUCCUGACCACCAUUUUGGUUUUAACCAAAUUUAUCUGAUAAGCUGCUGCCAUUAAGAACAGCAGGGAAGUCAGUGGUGUGGCUCGUUGUGAAUCAAAAGUCAACUCACUAGAAUCUGUGUGCCUUGUUGUUAUCAGCCUUUUCUUUGUCAUUAAACUAACAUUUGGGGCUUUUGAGUUCAACACUAAACUUUCUGCUACACAUCUGCACAGUUCACACAAUCCAUGCCAUUAACUGUUUGUUAAUCACCCAGUAGCACAUGCUCAGUUUCAGUUAUAAAAAUGUUAGUCAUCUAAUAAUGCUGAAGGAGCCUAUUUUUGUAUGUUGGCUAUGUAAAGAUAGAUUGUACAGUAUAUUGUAUAAAAAUAUUUGUUUAUGAGUGACAAGAGAUUUGCACUGUAUGAAUAGGUAGGUUCCACUCUUUUACUACAUUAUGACCACACAGGAAGGACAAAUGUUUAAAGUGCCUAAAACCCUUCAUAGCCUACCAGUUUUAUUCACCAUAUGACCAUAUCAGAGGCAUGCUGUGAAAGCACAGUAAUUAUCUUGUACCAGCUGUACAGAGACUUUCUCCACAACCCCUUCAUUACAAACCAAAGUUGAUGUAAGCCACUGAAAUGUGUCUAAAUCCCAGGGAAGAUAAUGCAUCUGAAACAAGUAGCUCCUCCUUAACCUUGUAAACAUGGAUGUUUGCUGAAGGUAUAACAUGUUUAUAACGUGUUUCAUUCUUGAAAACUGUUCAAACAUGAGAAGGUAAACUUCUCCUCUUGGGGAUUUGCAACCCAAAUGGAGCCAAGAAGCUGUUGCGUCAGUUUGUUUAAUCUCACCCCCUGUGUUUGUUAGAGGUCCUCACUGAGAAAAUAAAAAGAUAAGUGUGUGUUCAGGUGAGUGGAGAUAUUAAGUGCCCAUUAAGAACACACUCCUCUGAAUGUACAUGCACAUUAAAUAAAGAAGAGUUUUUAAAGGAUUCAUUUGGACACUGUGUGACUCUGUCUUUAACUUUGAAUCUUUCGUCUUUUUAAUUAAUUUUUAAAAGUUUUUGGCUUCAUGUAUUGAUUAAAAGAGCGCAAAGCAAUGUUGGUUCAUUGACAGUAAUCUCAGCUCUUAUUUUGUUAAAUUUAAGUACUUCAGAUUAAUUGUAGGUUUAGAGAAACAAUAUGAAAAUGCUUAAGUCAUCUUUUUUUCCAUGAUAGUUAUUUUGACUGUCUGAUGAAAUUUUUCUUGGGUUGUGAUUAAAGCUAUGGCCAGGUGGAUUUGGGACCAACUCUUCUUAAAGGCAUUUAACACAAAAUGUAAUUUCAAAUACUUAAAGGAACAGUUCUGAUCUUUUUAAGUGGGGUUGUAUGAGGUACUUAUCCAUAGCCAGUGUAUUACCUACAGUAGAUGUUGGUCAGCACGCACCAGUUUGGAGUAGCAGGCAGGAGUGUAACACGAUGGCUAAGCAAUGUACUGCUGUUGAGGUGGGCAACAGCAAAACAUAUUUACGCUACCUUAAAACAUAUUAGUAACAGUUUAUGUGUGUGCUGUAUUCAUAAUAUGUCCACUGCUUUACCUUAACCUUCAGACAGUGAAUUCUCAACAUGGAAAUGAAGCUGUUUUGUCACUCUC